AUGAUCCGAAAACAGACGCGUCUCAGACGAGAGUAUCUAUAUCGCAAAUCCUUGGAAACCAAAGAGAAACAAAUCUUUGAAAGGAAGCAAAAGAUAAAAGAGGCAAUCAAAGAUGGGAAACCCAUACCGACUGAAUUGCGCAAAGAAGCUGCCGAACUUCAAAAGGAACUUCAUUUCGAUGAAGCUCAAACAGAACCUACCACGCAUGUUGAUGACGAGUAUGCGAGGGCUGGAAUUUACGAUCCCAAGGUGCUAGUCACGACUUCCCGUUCUCCCAGUACUAGACUCGCUCAGUUUGCAAAGCGUAUAAAUCGCGGUAAUUACGUGAUUAAGGAUAUGGUUGAUGCCUGCAGAGCAAACGAAGUUACCGAUCUAAUAAUAUUACACGAGCACCGUGGUGAACCCGAUGGAAUGGUGAUCUGCCACUUCCCCUAUGGUCCCACCGCCUACUUUUCCCUUCACAAUGUCGUGUUAAGACAUGACAUCCGGGAUCAGGGCACCGUUUCGGAAGCAUAUCCGCACUUGAUAUUUAAUAAUUUUAAUAGUAAUUUGGGUCGUCGCGUGACAAACAUUCUCAAGUACUUGUUCCCGGUACCAAAGGAGGACAGUAAACGGGUGAUGACGUUCGCAAAUGAAGGCGAUUACAUUUCCUUCCGCCAUCACGUGUUCGUGAAAAUAAAUAAUAAGGAAGUUCAAUUAGCCGAAGUGGCCUAUGAAAUCAAAUUGGGAACCGUGGAAUUGAAAACUGCCGACACCGAAUGGGUGUUGCGACCCUAUCAGCGAACUGCAAAGAAGCGCGAUCAGCUAUAG